GCUGUCAGUCGUUGAUUUGCCCGCUCGCUGGCUAGACAUCCAGCUCCCAGAUUAAGAAUAUACAAACUUCCUCCCAGAACUUGGAAAAAACUUUUCAAAUAGUGAAGGGGUAGAUAAGAAAUUGAUAUAAAUUGAAGUCCCACUGCAGGGGAUACUUCAGUUGGUCUAAGUGAAUCCAAAUAGCAACAUGCCUUCCGAUCAAGAGCCCACCGCCGAGCAGAUUAGCCAAGUCAAGACUAGCAUUCUUGAGAAGCUAGAGAAGGAGCCCCCAGCAGUGCCUUUCCAUCCCACCGAUCUUAAGCGCAUUACCGAUAGUGACCUUUGGAUCUCUAAACUGUUGGAGGCAUAUGACCUUGAUGUAGAGAAAUGCAUCACUAGGUUGUGGGAUAACCUCGCCUGGCGCCAGAGCUUUGGAGUAUAUGACUUAAGCGAGUCCAACUUAAAUCAGGAAUACCUCAACGACGGCUCUGUCUAUGUCCACAACAAGGACAAAGACGGAAACCCCUUGCUGAUCCUCACCAUUAACAAGCACUCGAAGAGCCGGAAACAGGAGGAUCUCCUGCGUAUUCUUGUUUUCUGGAUUGAACGACUUCAGAGUGACAGCAAAGUGGAAAAGGUUACCCUUUUUAUGGAUAUGACUGGCAGCGGUCUGAGCAACUUGGACCUGGACUUCAUCAAGAGUAUUAUUGGAGUGUUUGAGACCAAAUAUCCCUACAUUCUUAAUUAUAUACUGGUCCAUGAAUUGCCUUUCUUGUUAAAUGCUGCCUUUAAAAUUGUCAAGACGUUCCUGCCCGAGAAAGCUCUGAAGAUCCUGAAAGUGACCUCCAAGAAGGACAUCGUCCAGUAUGUGGAUAAGGACAACUGCCUGAAAAUUUGGGGCGGCAAUGAUGAAUACGUUUAUAAAUUUGCCUAGAAUUGCCUUUAACUUUGUAUGAUAGUGUAAAUAAUAAUACGAUAUUUAUUGACCGGAA